AUGGAGAACUAUUUGAACUAUACAACAGGUGCCCCGCCGUCACCGCAGUCAAAAGACAAUACUGGCAUUUACUGUCUGAUUCUGAUUCCCAUUGUCCUGAUCGCACUGGCUAUACUGGCGACGGUGUUUUACUUGAAAAAGAGAAAACGUCGGUCUGAUGAGCUGCGGCACCGGCUGGUCCCCGUCUAUAUGUACGACCCUGCAGAACAAGACCAGGACGAUUUAAACUACGACAGUGAACAAGAAGUGGAAAAGCCACUGCAGAGAUACGGCCGCCUCUCUGUUGGUUUUGAUUAUGGGACAGAUAAAUACAGAUAA